AUGCCGAAGAAACCCACACAGAAUCCAGUCGAACGAAUUUCCUUGUCGUCCUCCGUAUGUCCCAUUAUUUGCCAACUGACAGCCGGAGAAUUGGUUCUGAUGAUUGGAAACGAAGUCCAUGUGUCCCUUGGAUUGCUUGCAAUAGCAUUUCUACUCGACGCAUUUCUCUUGAGAAAUGCCGGCGGGACUCGAGGCGCUAGCCCAGGGAAGGCGUCGGUGCAUUUCGCAGAGACGGUGGACAAAACGGCGACCUCGGCUGGUGGCGGCGGUGCUAAAGCGAAUGGAUCGCCAGCGAACGGUAACGGGCAUUACGGUGCAAAUGGCACUUCACGUAGUCCGAAAUCAAAGGUAAACUCGGGUCACGGAGCCAAAGAUUCGCGACCCUUUGACGCGUACAUGACGCUGAACCAGGUUCAGCGUGGGCUCAGGAAAGGCGAGCUGAUUGAGGCAAUGUAUUCGGGCGGAAGUUGUGCCCGCUGUCUGAUGAGACGCAAAACUGAGGCGACGUUGGUGUCGCGUGGCUUUUUCGUGGGCGACAUUCGUCGAAGUCCCGUGUCCGUAAAAUAA